UCUAGGUGAACCUGCUUCUGCAGGGGGUUGGACUAGAUGAUCUUUAAAGGUCCCUUCCAACCCCUACCAUUCUAUGAUUCUACGGUGAGGGGACUGUGGUGUCUUCAGAAGUUAAGGUGCAGAAGGAGCACGGCUUAGCUCCUUGCUGUCUCCUCAGCGCUUGCAUGAGGGGACCUUGGGAUUGAAUGUCCUGGGGAACGCCUCUCUGAGGAGAUAUGGCUCAAGGAAGGGGCUAGUUUGAUUAUGGGGCUGUGAGCCCCCCCUGCCGUGGUCCUAUGGAGUGAGGUGUUCCCAUGGCGCUGACAUCUCUGCUUGACUUCAAGCUCCUGCUGAUGUUGAAGACUCUCUUCUCUUGAUUGUGAAUGGUGGUUUUAGUUCUCCACUGAAGCCUUCCCUCAAGACUCCCUGCUGCUUCGGAGCACCUUCCAAAUGUGUGCUGUCAUUUGAUGGCUUCAGUACCAUCCCUGGAUGGAGACUUGCUCCCAGGCUUGCCAUUUUUCAGUUGUGUGGGUGCUGACGCCAACGUCACGGCCAGCCAUGGCACAGAGGAGCUCACCUGCGGCCCGGCUGAGAGCUGCACGGGGAACGUAACGCAGCUGAGGCGGCAGAGUCACUUCUCCAGGUGCCCGGAGGAGUACAAGCACUACUGCGUCAAAGGGAGAUGCCGUUUCCUCGUGGCCGAGCAGGCGCCCGCUUGUGUGUGUGAGCGAGGAUACACGGGGGCUCGCUGCGAGAGGGUGGACAUCUUCUACCUGCGAGGUGACCAAGGCCAGAUCGUCAUCAUCUCCUUGAUUGCCGCCAUCGUCACCCUCAUCAUCCUCAUCGUCUGUGCCUGCCUCUGCAGUUACCACUGUCGGAAGCAGCGCAGGAAGAGAAAGGCAGAAGAGAUGGAGACACUGAACAAGACUUUGCCUUCCAAAGGCGAGGACGUGGUGGAGACGGGCAUCGUGUGAAGGAGCUCCAGGAACCUGCAGGCGGGUCCCGGACGGCAGCACCGGCUGGCUCGAUGGGCGAGGGAUAAAACUUACAACCGGCUGAAUAAAG